UCGGUUGUUUAAAAAAAAAAAAAAAAAAAAAAAAAUAUUCUUACAAAUAAAAAAAUCUAUAAAAAUGUGUCAUUGGUUUUAUCAUCUUCUAGUUGGCAUAGUUUUAUUUUACAUAAAUGGUGUUAAAGCUGAUUUCAAAUAUAAUGUCAGUCUAGCACAAAUGCAUACCUGUCGCCAUUAUAGUAUACCCAAUAAUCGGGGUUAUAGUUAUGCGGAUUUUUUUCAUAUACCUCAAUUAAAUAAUAAUAAAUUGGCCAAAACGGAACUGUUACAUUUGAAAUUUUAUGUAAUGACCGCUAGAGAUGCUCAUAUUUUGUUAGCGGUUAAUGAGCGUCCCAAAUUAAUGGAUCGUGUAUAUGAAAUUGUCAUUGGUGCGGGUCGUAAUCAAUUUUCUACUAUACGUACCAGCAUGGGACGUCGUCGUGUGGCUACUAAUCAGGAGCCAAAUAUUUUAUCAAUGCUUGAUCCCACACCCAUUGAAAUUAUACAAACGAAGGAUGCCAGUUUAUUGGUUUAUAUACCCGGCUAUAAGGAAGAACCUUUAUUAAAUUUCACCGAUGCCUCUCCAUUAAAUAUCAACUAUAUAAGUUUUACUACUUAUGAUAAUAUACCUGCUAGUUGGUUUUUUGAUUGCCAGUUUGAUGGCUUUUCGAAUGAAUUGGAGGAAGUUGUCAGACCUUUAAGUCCUUAUCAAUAUUUAUUGGCGAAUAUUACCUCGAAAGCUGAAAAUGCUUCAUUUCCUCCUACAUUAAACAGCAUUGAUUUUUCUUUUAAUAUUGCUUCGAUACGUUAUCAACAUGAUCAUGGUUUUUUGCAAUCCCGUUUGAAUGUGAUAUUGAAUUGGCAGGAUCCUCGCAUACAAUGGAAACCUGAAAAUUUCAGUUUUAUUGAUACCAUACAAUAUAAUGAAUAUGAUAUUUGGAUGCCACAUCUAAUGGUCAUAAAUGCCGCCGGUAAAAGUCAUCGUAUUUUCGAUUUCUAUCAUGAGGUAAGAAUUGAAAGUAAUGGUUCGAUUACCUUAAACUUUCCCGAUGCCAUACUCACCACUUGGUGCGUAAAUGCCGAAGAAAACUGGCCCAAUGAACAUUUAAAAUGCGAAAUUGAAUUUGGUUUAGAAUCAGGACCUUUGGAGAAAUUACCUUUAAUCUAUAAAGAUAAAAUGCCUCAUGAUAAUGUGGACUCACUAAGCGAAUGGCAUUUACAUAGGAUAUCUGUGAAUCCCAUAGUUAAAGGUAUGAUAGCAAGGUUUACCGAUAAAGAUAUUAUACAGUCAAUGGAUGGAGAUAUUUCUAUAAUAUUUGAAAUAUCAAGAAAUAGUACAUUUUAUAAGAAUGUUUUCUCUGUGCCGAUAUUGGCUUGUCAAAUUUUGAUUAUUUUAUCCUUUUUACUGAGAGGUUAUCGUCGUGGUGCUUUAAUUUUGGUGGUUAUUUUAAUUUUAAUGUUGGGUUUAAUGUUUAUCACUAAACAUGCCCCUACGCCCUAUGUGCCCAAUAUAAUGAUUGCUUAUCAGCACAUUUUACGCAUAGCCACUUUCUGUUAUAUGCUGCAUAUUGCCUUAAUGUGGUUGGAAUUAUAUCCACCCAAGACUAAGCCCCAUGAUUGGUUAAUGUCGGCCGUAAAUUUCUCUCCCUUACGUUUGUUUUUGUGCAUGAGAUUAGCUGAUUCGAAUGAUUUUAUUGAGGUUCAACAACAUCCCUGGAAGGAAAUUGCCAAAACUUUAAAUGCUUUAUGUUUUGUAAUAGUUAAUAUAAUUUUAAUUCUUACUGUGGUCAUUUUGUUGCCCCACGCUUAAGUUUCAAUUUUUUAACCUCAAAUUUUAUUUCGUUAAUUAAAUUGUAUAUAAAUAAAGUCCAAAUA